CUCUCGCUCCAAGUCUUCUCUCUCUCUCAUCCGUUUUGCUAAACCCCCCAAUUUGGGAUUUUAGGGAUUUGAGGCUGACUUUGGAGUUUCGAGCGAGGGCUUCUAGAAGAUCCAGCUACCAAUUCUCGGCCAUGGCCACCGUUGCUCCUCCCGCAGAUCAAGCAGCAGAUUUGCUCCAGAAGCUGUCAAUAGAUUCGCAGACCAAGACUCUGGAAAUUCCAGAGCCUACAAAGAAGCCUUCUGUUAACCAAUACGGGUCUAUUGAUUCUGGCAAUGCUGUGAAUGGUCAGAUCCCAUCUGAUCGCUCUGUGACUCCACUGUCGACUGACUUCACGGAUCAAUCUUUCUCCUAUCUCCCAAAUGGUUAUCCAUCUGCAGCCUAUUACUAUGGAGGCUAUGAUGGGGCUGGCGACUGGGAUGAGUACUCGAGAUAUGUGAAUCCAGAGGGAGUAGAUAUGACUUCGGGGGUUUAUGGAGAUAACGGGUCUCUUAUGUACCACCAUGGUUAUGGGUAUGCACCGUAUGGGCCUUAUUCACCAGCAGCUUCCCCUGUUCCAACUAUGGGAAAUGAUGGUCAGUUAUACGGGCCUCAACAUUACCAGUACCCGCCCUAUUUCCAGCCGCUGACUCCAACCAGUGGGCCAUACACUCCCAGUCCUGUAGCCCCUCAGAAUGAGGUAUCAACUUCCUUAGGUGCUGACCAAAAGCCUCUGCCAGUGGAAACAGCUAAUGGAAUUUCUAAUGGCAUUGCAAAUAAUGCAAGUGUGAAAGGAAGUGCUUUGCCUGCACGUGUUCCUACUCCUGGUUACCAGGACCCAAGAUAUGGUUACGACACAGUACGGUCUCCAAUCCCCUGGUUAGAUGCCCCACUUUUUUCAGAUGGGCAGCAUAGACCUAUGGCAAAUACACCCAUUACUUCAAACUCGAAUGGCAAUAGAAUUCCAUCUUUGAGGAACCAGAACUACCGUCCAAAUUCGCACUACAUGGGUUUGCACCACCCCAGACCGCUGUCAGGAAUAGGUACAGCUCAAGGGUUUAUGAAUAGCAGCAUGUACCCAAGCAAGCUAUUUGGCCAGUAUGGAAACACAGUCAGAUCUGGUCUGGGAUAUGGGUCUCAUGGUUAUGAUUCGCGAACCAGUGGACGCACAUGGCUGGCUGUUGACAACAAGUAUAAACAACCCAGGGGGCGUAAUGGUGGUUACUAUGGAUAUGGUAAUGAGAACUCGGACGGUUUAAAUGAGCUCAACAGAGGACCUCGGGCAAGAGGCUCAAAGAACCAAAAGAGUUUUACCCCUAGUGCAUUAGCUAUCAAGGGGCAGAAUGUGCCAGCAAGUCUUAGUCAUGAUGAGGAAAAGGAUACAAGUACUGUUCCAGACAGAGAGCAAUACAAUAAAGCAGAUUUUCCAGAGGAUUAUACUGAUGCCAAAUUCUUUAUUAUCAAGUCAUAUAGUGAGGAUGAUGUCCAUAAGAGCAUCAAGUAUAAUGUUUGGGCCAGUACACCAAAUGGCAACAAGAAGCUUCAUGCAGCAUACCAGGAGGCUCAGGAGAAGACUGGUGGCUGCCCUGUAUUUCUUUUUUUCUCGGUCAAUACCAGUGGGCAAUUUGUCGGCCUCGCUGAGAUGUUGGGGCCUGUUGAUUUCAACAAGAAUUUGGAGUACUGGCAGCAAGACAAAUGGAAUGGCUGUUUCUCUGUCAAGUGGCAUUUUGUUAAAGACGUUCCUAACAGUUUGUUGAAGCAUAUUACUCUUGAAAAUAAUGAGAACAAACCUGUGACUAAUAGUAGGGACACUCAGGAGGUUAAGUUGGAACCAGGGCUUAAAAUGAUCAAAAUAUUCAAGGAGCAUUCAAGUAAAACAUGCAUUUUGGAUGACUUUGGAUUUUAUGAGUCCCGCCAGAAGACAAUCCAGGAGAAGAAGGCCAAGCAACAGCAGCAGUUUCAGAAGCAGGUAAAUUGUUUCUUGCAACUUAUGCAGGUAUGGGAAGGAAAAACUCUUGAUGAGAAGAAAGAGGUAGUGGCAAAUGGACAAGUGAAAACACAAAAUUCAUCGGAUGUUCCCUCUGAGAUAAACAAGGAAUCUAUCCCAACAGUGCAUGCCAGCGAGGAGCUGAAACUUGCAGAAAAUGGAUCAAUUGCGACUGGCGAAGCCCCAAAGGGUGCUAAACCGGUUGUGGCUGAGAAGAGGGCUGUAGGAAAUGGGGUUGCAAACGGUUGCUAGCCUCUGCCUUGCAUAGUGGCGGUCUAUGUCUGUAGUACUCUUCAAAAUGUUUGUGCUGGAAGCUACUUGCAUAUCUCCAUACUUGGUGGACCGCCGUGAUGACUGACUCUUUGCCUUGCUUGAAAAGUCAAUAUUUCGUUGAGGAAUGGCAAGUUAGUCGCACUACAAAGUAUUUCAAUGUUUGAGGCAGGCAGGCUAGGGUGUCAGUAGUCUUAAGUUUCACCCCAGUUUUCUUUGUGUUUUUACAGUCUUUAGCUGAAGCUCUAUAUAGGUUUUGAUUGCUUAGGUUUUUGGGUUUAGGGUUUAUCUUUUUCCUUAUAUUUUGAUAUUGUCGGUUCUUUGUUCUUUGCCUUUUACUUGUUUGUGUAUUUCCUGUCUUGUAAAUCUAGAUCAUUUCCAUUGCUGAGCAGCUCUGCUUUUGUAUUUGUAUGUGAGCUAGAAGCAAGGUGGGAAAAUAUUGCAAUAUAGUCGUUUUUUUUUUCCUAGUA